AUGAAUGUCGGACUACUUCAUGUGAAUGGUCAAUUCAAAUGCAAUAAACAAUUCGUGCCAUGUGGUUGUGGACUAAAUCAUGUUGAUAUGAGUAACAAUCUUAUUUAUAGCGGAGAGGUAGUGCCAUACAGCUGGUCAAUGGUUGUUUCAGUACAGUAUGAUUGCCAUCAUGAUGGAAAUAUUGCAGCUCAUUGUUGUACUGCUACGAUUCUUUCUGAGUCCUAUGUUCUUACGUCAGCUCAGUGUGUCGAUAGAAUUGAUUCAUCUUCGAUUCUAGCAGGAAAGGUAUCUGUUCUUGCUGGUGUUCAUACUCGAUCUGAACAAGAUGGAACAGUAAGAACCAUCGAUCAUAUAUAUAUCCAUCCGAAGUGGACACGCAUGUCAGAUGGAUAUAUAAACGAUAUUGCCAUACUUCAUCUAUCUGAACCAUUCGAUUUUGAUAAAAAUAUAUACAUAACUCGAACGUGUCCUUCAUCUCGAUUGAAUUUUCUCAAUGAAGAUAUAAAGUAUACAGAACACGAAACCUUUCUAUCCAUUGUCUCAUGGAACUCAACUCAAACUACAGGUUCAUUAUCAUCAGAGACAUUGCAACAGAUAGCUAUGUAUUUCAACAAGCAGCGUGAUUCAAGAUGUGAUGCAUCUAUCAAAAAUGCUGAAAUGCAGUUCUGUGCAGAAGUGCAGGAAAACAUGAAAGGGUCAUAUCAAAGCACUUUAGGCAGUGCAGCUUUUCAAUGGAUUGGUGAUCGUUGGGAACAAGUAGGCAUUGUAUCCUUGGAUAUGUUUGCGCCUUUUCCUGAUAACCGCCACCAACGUUUUACACGUAUCGGUCCAUUUUACGAAUGGAUUCAAUCGAUUUUAGGCUCCUUGAAUUCUAAAACAGCAGUAGAAAUGAAGACCUCGCCACCGGCUUCAUCAGCAUUCAGAAAAUAUCCAACUCAUUAUCGAUGCAAUAGAAAAACAGUUUCAUGUGGAUGCAGUCGUGAACAAGUGCAAAUUUCACCCUCAGCAAUUUUCAGCAGCGAAGAUGCAAUAGCUAACAGUUGGUCUAUGGUUGCCUCUCUGCGAUUCAAUGGUACUAAUCAGCAUGCAUGUGGUGGAUCGAUUCUUAGUGACUAUUUUAUUCUCACAGCGGCCCACUGUGUCGACAAACUACCAAAAACAUCACCUACUGGUGUAACUGUUGCUGCUGGUAUUCAUGAGCGGUUGGAAGGUGGUAUAGACAUCAUGGAAGUGGAUCAAAUCUAUAUUCAUCCGAAUUGGACUGGAAGUUCUGAUGGCUAUCAGAACGAUAUCGCUAUUCUUCAUUUGUCACAGUCGAUGGGCAUAGAUACGAAUCCAUUUUUGGAGCGUACUUGUGUACCUUAUGUAAAGAGUGACAACACAGAUUUAGCACAGUAUCCACCAAGUGGUACACGUCUGGCUAUUAUCGGAUGGGGUGCGAUACAACAUGGAGCAAAUAAUUUGUCAGAUGCUCUACGGCAAACAGAAGCUUUUGUGCUUAAUAAUAAUAAUCCAAGAUGUAGACUAUCUCUUAAAAAUAAUAAGACACAGUUUUGUGCUGGAUUAAACAGUGGUAUUAAAGAUACUUGUACAGGCGAUUCAGGUGGUCCGAUAUUAGAAUGGAAAGGGAAAUGGUGGCAACAAGUUGGUAUUGCAAGCUAUAGAAGUAGUUGCGGUAUGGAUGAUCAACCAAAUAUUUACACACGUUUGGCUUAUUAUUUUGAUUGGAUGGAAACAGUGAUAAAUGAAUCGCUGACGACAACCACAAUGAAACCACCAGUUACAAAUUCACCGGUGACGUAUACCUGCGAUAAAGAGAUACCAUGCGGUUGUGGCUAUAAUGAUGUAGUUUUGCCUCCUUCCCGUAUUGUUGGCGGUUACGAUGCAAUUCCAUACAGCUGGUCAAUGGUUGUUUCUUUACGAAGACUCACAGACAAUCGACAUAUUUGUGGUGGAUCGAUUCUUAGUGAAUUUUUCAUUCUUACAGCAGCGCACUGUGUUAUGAAUAGACAAACAGAAGCUCCAACGAACCUUUUCGUUGCUGUUGGUAGUAAUAAGCAAUCUGAAUUCUCGCAAAUACCAAAUGAAGUGGAUCGUAUUUAUAUGCAUCCAGAAUGGGUUCCAAGUCAAACAGGCAAUUGGAAUGAUAUUGCCAUUUUGCAUUUGUCGCAGUCACUCAAUAUUUCGACCAAUCCAUUCAUAAAGCGUACUUGUUUACAACGUUUUAACUCAUCGACGAAUAUGUUGCAUUAUCCAGGAAAUGGCACACGAUUAGCUGUCAUUGGGUGGGGCCUGUUAGAGGAUGAGGUUUUUGGAGAAACUCCAGAAGACUUGCAGCAAGUUGAAAUCUUUGCAAUGGAUAAGCGAGACGAACCAUGCGACAAAACGAUCAAAGAUAAAGCAAGACAAUUUUGCGCAGGAAUUCCUAUUCAGGGUGACAAAGAUUCAUGUCGAGGCGAUUCCGGUGGUCCGAUAUUGGAAUGGAAGCAAAAUCGAUGGGAACAGAUUGGUAUUGUAAGCUAUGGAGUUAUUUGCGCAGAUCCACGGUAUCCGACUGUAUUUACACAAGUAGCGAACUAUAUUGAUUGGAUAGAGAAAGUGAUAAAUGAAUCCUUGGCAAUAUCUCAUUCAACUGCGACAGUAUCUCAUUCAACUACGACAGUAUCUCAUUCAACUACGACAGCACCUGGUGCUGGUGCUACUCUUCAGUUAUACUCAACUUUUCUUCUUCUUUUCCCUUUGAUUCUCUAUCGUGCUUGUCAUCUAUGGGCUAGUUUAUUAUGA